GGUAUCUUAGCAACCGUGUGCAGUGUCGCGCGGAUCUGUUACUCCAGGCUUAACUGAGCUGAAAUAAUAACUAAUAAAAUCAUAACUAAUAUGAAUUUAUAAUUAAAUUUAUUUUUAAUGUACAGGUUUAAGAUGGUGCCGAAAAAGAAAGGAGGUCUUCAGACUGUACAGGAGGAAGCGGCUGAGCUCGAGAGGAAGGUGGACUCUUUAAUGCAGGACUUUAAGAGGUUGGAGGUCUCAGGCAGAUCACAGAGGUGUUCAGAUCUACAGAGUGCAGUGACAGAGGCGCUAACAACGCUCCAGAAAUUAACCAAAGCAGAUGAAUUAGCUCCUGUAGGGAAUUAUGAUCAGAGGAAGAGACAGGAGGAAGAGCGACUCAGGACUUUACAAAAGAAACUCAGAGUUCUAACAGUACAACCUCAGGACAAGUCAUCUGAGGAGGAGGAGGAGGAGGAGGACAGUGAGGAGGAAGAAGGUGAAGAGGAGGAGGAGGAACAUGCUGCACAGCAUGAUGAGGAUGAUGAUGAUGAUGAGGUUGAUGGUGAUGAAGAUAAUGCAGAAGGGAAGGUGUUACCUGCCAUGAAGGGUGAAGUGUGCUACGUGGCUCUGGGCUCUUUCAGAGGACAGGAGGAGGGAGACCUUACAGUCCAGAAAGGAGCUGUUGUUAGAGUCCUGCAGAAGAGUGGUGAUGGAUGGUGGCUCGCCCAGGACUCCGAGGGAAACAAAGGCCUUGUCCCCAAAAACUACCUGAAGAAAAUGUCUCCACAUGAGCGAGUGUCAGAAUCCAAGGACGACAACGAUGGUGAUGAGGAUGAAGAUGAGGAUGAUGAAGUGAGUGAUGAAGUGCAGGAGGAUGACAAGGACCCGACUGAAGGGAAGCCCAGCACGUCAUCCAACUGGGACACAGUGAGGAAAGCUGUGAGUGAGCUGGAUGCCACUGAUGUGCUUUCGGCCAUGGGAGCCAUUCCUCCAGGCUUCAGACCCUCCACUCUGUCCAAGCUGCUGGAUGAAGGAACUUCCUACAGAGCCAGUCACUAUAUUCAGCCCAAACUUGGACAAUCAGAGCUCAGCUUUAAAGAUCUUCAACUGGACCCAGACACUGGCAAGGUACUCACACGGCACUCCCGUGUGUGUGUGAGCGUGACUCUGUGGAGCUGUAGAAUGAUCCCGCCUCCAGGGGUGGGGCUGAGGGUCCUGAGCCGUCACGUCCGUCUCUGUGCUUUUAAUGGAACUGAGGUGUUGAGUAAUAUCCACACAGUGAGAGCCUCCUGCACUUCAUCCAGCCCGAAAUCAUGGGGCUUCUCACGACGGAUGAGCAGUUUGAUGCCCUGUCUGUUAGAUGGAGAUUGUUUUUUCCGCUGUGAUUCCGACUCUCCUGAUUUGGGAAUUCUGUUUGAGCUCGGAGUCACCUAUAUCAGAAACUCCACAGGAGAGAGAGGAGAUCUGAGCUGUGGUUGGGCUUUUCUUAAACUCUUUGAUGAAAAUGGAGCACUCAUACCUCUAUGUACGCAGGAGCUUAUUGUGAAUGGAGGAACUCCAUAUGAGGGGGCUGUUGAUACGUGCAGCAUGUCAACUAUAAGAGGUGGCUCCAGUGGUGUGCUGCAUCAGAUGCUGAAGUCCAGGAAACGUCCCAAACUGAUCAUUAAGCUCAGAUCUCCAAACACUCGCAGCAAAGAACAGCUCAGCUUGCUUCCUGAUACUCUACUUGGCUGCAUGUCCACGGUUCCCCUGCUGGUUCUGUUCAGACAACUGCUCGCUGAUACACUGCUACUGGACCGAGUCACCAUGCAGAAUGCAGAUCUGAUCUGCAGCUCAGUUCUAGCUACGUUCCCUAAGGUUCUGGAUCAGUCUGACCUGAUGGAUGCUUUCCGGAAAUCAUGGGUGGAGUCAGAGAACAACCUGAAGAGGUCUGACAAGAAGGAUGUAGCUGUACUAAAGAAGCUGUUUGAGAGUGUGUAUAUGAGCAGUGUGUUCCCGUUGUUGUUCUCGGCGGAGAUGCCUACUCCUCUCUGGGCCAAUGAGGACACCGAGGCCCACCGUGCCCGUCUCAUUUAUAACCCCGCCCACAAGAUCUCCUUGGAAACCAUGCUGUCAUCCAAUCACAAGCACCAAGCUUUCAACAUCUCUCAGGUUUCCUAUGAUCUCCUCACUUCAGCCUGGAACUGACCAAUCGCCACGCAGCUGACCUACAGACUGACCAAUCAGCUCACAACUCAGCUACAGACUGACCAAUCAGCUCACAGCUCCACUACAGACUGACCAAUCAGCUCACAGCUCCACUACAGACUGACCAAUCAGCUCACAGCUCCACUACAGACUGACCAGUCAGCUCACAGCUCCACUACACACUGACCAAUCAGCAUACAACUCAGCUACAGACUGACCAAUCAGCAUACAACUCAGCUACAGACUGACCAAUCAGCUCACAGCUUCACUACAGACUGACCAAUCAGCUCACAGCUUCACUACAGACUGACCAAAAAGCAUACAGCAGAAGUUAAACUGGACAGCAGCUGAUCAAUCAGGAAGCUGAUUCUUCACUUUAGAUCACUUUAUAAUGACUUUAUUUAAAUUCUGCUCACUUUAUUUCAGUUUUUUAAAUAAUAAAAUGAAAUGUAAUCAAUA